GAGGGCGGACCAUUUCACAAAGAGAAACACAUAUAAGAAAAAGUAGAGAAAUACUCAUAAACACUGGGACUUGUGAACUGGAGGCGGAUACCGGACAGCAGGACAGAGUGGCAUGGCCUGGAGUGCCUUCCAGCUCCUGACCCUUCUCUGGGCUCUGGUUGGGGCCAGCACCCAGACCCGAAGUUCAUGCUCUGUCCCCUCGGAAGAUCAGCCCUUGGUUAAUGACAUCCAGGUGCUCAUGGAGAGUUCGGUGACUGACUCAGCCUUGCCAAACCCCAGCAUCCUGAUUGCCAUGAACCUGGCCGGAGCCUACAACUUGGAGGCCCAGAAGCUCCUGACUUACAAGCUCAUGGCCAGUGACACAGCCGACCUGACUGCUGGUCAGCUCGCCCUCACCAUCAUGGCCCUCACCUCCUCCUGUCGAGACCCCGGGGACAGAGUAUCCAUCCUACAGGAACAAAUGGAGAACUGGGCACCUUCAAGCACCGAUGACCAUGCGUCAACCUUCUAUGGACCCAGUCUGGCCAUCCUGGCGCUGUGCCAGAACAACCCGGAGGCGGCCUUACCGACAGCAGCCCGCUUCGCCAAGACCCUGCUGGCCAAUUCCUCUCCCUUCAAUAUGGACACAGGAGCAGUGGCUACCUUGGCUCUGACCUGCAUGUACAACAAGAUCCCUGUAGGUUCAGAGGAAGGUUACAGAGCCCUGUUCGCUCAGGUGCUGAAGAACAUAGUGGAGGACAUCAGCACGAGGAUCCAGGACGAUGGCAUCAUCGGAGACAUCUACAGCACUGGCCUGGCCAUGCAGGCGCUCUCUGUGUCACCUGAGCAGCCUAGUAAUGAGUGGGACUGCGAGAAGACCAUGGAUGCUGUACUCACGGAGAUUAAGGAGGGGGUGUUCUACAACCCCAUGUCCAUUGCCCAAAUCCUCCCUUCCUUGAAAGGCAAGACAUACCUAGAUGUGCCCCAUGUGUCUUGCAGCCCCGAUCACGAGGUGCAACCAACUCUAUCCAACCACCCCAGCACUGUCCCCACCUCAGCUUCCAACAUCACCGUCAUAUACACCAUAAACAACCAGCUGAGGGGCGUGGAGCUGCUCUUCAAUGAGACCAUCAGUGUCAGCGUGAGAAAAGGAUCAGUGCUGCUCGUGGUUCUAGAGGAGGCACAGCGUGAGAAUCCCAAGUUCAAAUUUGAAACCACAAUGACAUCCUGGGGACCUAUUGUCUCUUCUAUUAACGGUAUCACUGAAAAUGUUAAUCAUAAGACAUAUUGGCAGUUCCUGAGUGGCACAACACCUUUAAAUGAAGGAGUUGCUGACUACAUACCCUUCAACCACGAGCACAUCACAGCCAACUUCACACAGUACUAAGGAGGAGGCGGGGUCAGCUUUGAUUGAAUGUCUCCAGAGGACAACUGGAAAUUUUUUUCACAUCAUUUCAAAUCUAUGAAAAAAAGUGGAUCUCUACAACACUACCAUAUUCCUGGUUAAAAUAUAGGAACUUCUAUGUAAAAUAAAGGAUGCAAACUUCC